CAAAACUCAACUGUUCAAGUUCCUUUUUGGCACACUUCUGUUGUAUUUUCUCAUAAUGAGAGAGAGUGCAGCUUUAUGCUGAACAACUUGGUUCAGGGUGAAUCUGAUGGUGAAUACAGAUUGAAACUGAAAUGGGAUCAAGGAAAAGUGUAUAUCUUUCCUCAGACAGUAAAAAUUACUGUAAAAGAGCUCAACCAGAAACCAACUAUAAACGUCCCACAACUCACACCGGGAGAGAAAGCAGAGAUAUCCUGCAAAGUUCCUGGAGAUUGCCUUAAUCCCUUGGCAGAUAUAGUUUGGACAGGGAUUGAGCCUGAUGAAAUUAGACUUCAACGUACUGCAGCUUCUAGUAGUGGACACCUCUAUUCAGAAAUGACUUUUCAUCCUGAGGCUGGACAUCACAAUACUAAGCUCACCUGCACAGUCAUUUUUCAAAAAAGCAAAGUACAGACCGAAAGUACUGUGAUCCUUAAAGUAAGACACGCCCCUAAAAUCCUGAAUAGCUCCUGUUGUUUGGUGUGGGGUGACGAAUUGAUCUGCAUGUGCGUCAGCAGUGGCGUGCCGUUACCUGAGAUACACUGGACGAUUCUGGACAGUGAAUAUUACAGUAUUGCUUCAGCAAAGAACACCAGCAGCAGCAUCACCGUCUCCAUUGCUAGUUUCAGGAACCUCAAAGCAACCAUUGAAUGUGUCAGUAAGAAUCUCAUUGGUAUGGCAGAAAUGGAAAUCCAAGUGCACAAUCAUGCUGAGAAACCCAAAAUAAGUUGGAGUUUGUCCACCCCUUGGAUAUUUUUUACUCUUUCAGUUGUUGUAAAUGUCAUCUUCAUUUCCUGUUUGACUGUCAUCCUACGAAGGAGAGAAAACCAUAAGAAACCAAAUAAAGACAACCAUGUCUACAUGACUCCAGUGAAGAGAGAGGAAUCUGUGUAUGAGACUCUUCAAAUGUCUUCAGAGAGAUCUUAGUGGUUUGAUCAACACAUUACAGCUGAUAUAAAGCUUUUUGUUCAGUUUAUACAUCAAGUGGCUUUUCUUACACAUUAGCAUAAUUUGAAACAGCAUGAAUUUUAGCAUGUGCUAAUAUCCUAAAAUCCCAACAUUUGUUUUUAUGUCCUUUUUACUUUAUGCCAUCAAAUCUUGUAAUCUUUGU